AUGAGCAUCAAAGCGUUGUCACAGUGUGCCACAAAGCCGGCCGCUACUUUGAAAGGCUUUCUUGUAUCAAAGCUGCCAACGACGCUUGCGAAACCGGUGGCUCUCCCAUUUGACAUCACAUUAAUUCUGAGCGACGUGACUCUUGUGCGCCGAAACCACGCCAGGGCGCAAAAGCAAAGCAACAUUCCCAUCGCGAAUUCUCGCUCAUUACAAGUUUGUGAGCAAGCUUGUGCGACUUGGGCAACGGCGGCGUGUAUCCCGGCUGCCACCCACUUAUCAGCCACCCUCUUGCGCGGCCUUGGCGGCCGGGUCUUGCUGGCGAUGAUGCGUCGCAGGCAUCUUUCGCCGAGCAGACCGCCUACCCGAUUGCGCGCCAAGAUUUGGCACAACGGCAAUGCCAACAAAUCGCGAUUCCGCAUUGCUUCGUUUGCGCACCAUCUUGGCCGUCGUCACCCUCGUCGUUCCCACUUCCGAAACCCCUCCAAGAACCCCUCCACUUCAAUCUGGCGACAGCUCCCGAGAACAGCAGACGCCACCGUCGGCGCCCAAACCGCCACCAUGUCGAUGCGCAUCACUCUCGACAACCAGCCCGAGUUCUUUACGAAUCUGGACAUCAUCAGCGGGCAGGUUCUCCUGAAUUUGAAUCGCCCCGAGCAAAUAGGCGGCAUCGUCGUUAAGCUCGAAGGCGUGUCCAACACAAUCUUACAACCCCAGUACCCAUUCGAAAAUGGCCGGGACGGCCGAGAUGGCUAUUCGACGUCAAACGCCGCGAUCAAUUCGGAAAGCCAUAAGAUUCUAUACAAGGUGCAGCAGGUAUUUCCUGACGAGUACCAUAGCAGCACAAACAGUCCCUUUGGGUCGUUUCCGCUGUACCCCGGGCAACAUCAGUUCCCUUUCAAAUUCAAAAUGCCGAUAAAUAACGCCUGCAGCGACUCUCACGCCAUGGCUUCUCUGGCGAACCAGAGUCUUUCUGGUGCAGGCAUGUUUGGUGCUCGUGGUAUACGGCUCAUGGACGGCACGAAACAGCUUUACCUGAAGCAUGUGACCAAGACGCUGCCGCCGUCGUUAUCUGGUGUAUACGACGACGCCGAAAUCCGAUACUACAUCAAGGUUACGGUGCAGCGACCGGGUAUCCUCAAGGAGAAUUGGCGCUUUCAGCUAGGGUUCAAAUUCAUGCCCAUUGAGCCUCCGAGGUCGCCACCUCGUGGCCAAGAAUCCUUUGCCCGCAGACCCUUUAGCUUUGCUUUCCGCCCGCCGUCACCACAGGGUAAGCCAAAGGGCUCCUUGUUCGGCACCAAGAAGAACUCCUUCGAGUCCGAAUCGUCUGCGGAUCCGCCACCUCCGCCCCAGUCAGUCGAACUGUCUGCGCGCCUGCCCCAUCCUUUGGUCUUGACUUGCAAUCGCCCCGUACCGCUACGGUUGAUUGCAAAGAAGCUCGUCAACAACCCACAGCAAGUUUACCUGACAUCUAUCCAAAUAGACCUCAUUGGGACAACUAUCCUAUCUGCGCACGGGCAAAUACUGCAAAAGAGCAAUCGCUGGGUCAUAGCAUCGAACCCUCUGCUGGAAGUUCCGCUUAUUACUCCUACUGGUGAGGUUGGUAGUGAGAUUAUAGUGCCAGACGAGCCUUGGAGCCAGAAGCCCCUGCCGAAUACUGUGGCACCCUCUUUCACUACGUGCAAUAUAAGUCGGCGCUACGAGGUUCAGAUACUUGUGACACUGCGACUAGGAAAGAAGAACGCAAGGAGGAUUCCCGAAUCAAUAACACUUCCACUUCAUUUCGCAAAUGUUGAGGUGUUUUCUGGAGUCAAGCCACCCAGAGAGCUCGUCGAGGCAGCCACAAACGCAGGGUUCUCGCAAGGCGAGCUGCGACCUCAUUUACCGCCUCGUCAAUCUGUCUCUGGCCCCAGCGGCACGGCAGCGCAUCAGGCACCACCACUACCUCUACGACGACCUAGUGGUGCGGUACAGCCGCCGCCAGCUGCGCAGCCGGAUGAAUACGAAGAUGCGCCACCUAGCUACAGUGAAGCAAUGGCGGAAAGUGCUUCAAUGCCGUUUGAUCAAGAUAAUCCUCGCCCGCCAUUCAGCGGAGUGACGGCAGAAAAUGCGCCGAGCCAGUUGCCACCACACAAGAAUUGA